UUAGUAUACCUCUCUAUCAAGGAUAACACUAAUCAUUCCCAAAGGUGUACCUAAUAGAGUGGUUCUGCCUUAUAUAUUUAGUCCACAAACCAAACACUCGUGAUUCAGUUUCUUUUGUGACAUUAAAAUACUUUGUUAAAUAUUUUGUCAAAGUAUCAACGUAAUACGCCCGAUUACUCUUUAGGUAAUCAAGGGGAUUUAACGUUGGUCCCAGUAUAGCAUGAGUCGUUUUCGGUGAAUAAAUAAGUCCGAGAAAAAUAAACGUAUGCCAUGUCAAGCUUUAGGCGAAGACGGACGAAGGAUUUGGUCAACAUUGUGACCGAGGAAUCUCAGUGUAAAAACUCGUGUGGACAGUGCUUUUGGCAGUUCUUGGUUUAACCUCACCUCUGAUUUUGAAAACGAGUAACUUUACUCAGUGUGUGCUAUGUAUUUCAGAACAAAUGUUGAUAUUUAUAAGCGUUGUGUAGGUGAGUAUCGGUUCACAGACAAGCUGGGAAUGCCCGAGACGUUCAGAUGGUUUUACCGAGUCAUCACCAUCCUGGCUAACUGUAUAUUUCGGCGGCGAAUCCUCAAUCUAGCAGGAGUCACAUUUUUGGUUCUAAUAGGAUUAAAUACGUACAAACUGUCAACAUCACUAUGGGUCUCCAACGUAAAAUCGGAAAUUAAUAAUAGAAGGCACACCAGAAUAGAUUUUGUCAUGUCUGAAGAUAUCCUGAAAGCCAGAGAACAACAUAGUGCUUUAUCAGAGAACGUAUCGCGGGUCCGAACAGACGGGUUGAUUACGAGAGAGGACAUCUUGGAAGACCUGGCGUCCUAUGUGCCAGUAAGUGACGCGCCCAAGGACGUACUAACGGCAGAAUGGUUCGGAAGGUUCAAACCAGCUGAUCUUUCUCUAAACUUGGACAUCGAGCCCCCAGCUCCUGCGACGAUAGAGACAAAACUUAAAACCCGUUGCUGGAGAUUGAUAGAGAAGGAUAAUGACAUGGCCUGUCUGCCCUAUUUUUACCUCCUUGGGUUCCCUAAAGCAGGCACCACGGAUUUCUGGUACCGUCUACACGAGCAUCCGGAGAUAGUCAGGAAUUAUAAAGAACACCAUUUCUGGACAAGGAAGAAAUAUAAGUAUCCUUUGCACAAAGUUGGACGAUAUUAUAGACAGAUGCUAAACCUGGAGUCGAGAAAAAAGUUUAACACAACGAUAUGGCAGCAACCUAAUCUGAUUAUAGGUGAUGGUAGCCCUUCGUACUACUGGGAUGUCACGUACCGGGAGCGCAUGUUGACAGUCAGGCAUGAGCCAAGGGCCCCUGAUAUCGUGGUAGGAAACCUGAUUAAGGCGUACACCCCCGAUGCCAAGUUUAUAACACUUAUCAGAGAUCCGGCAGAAACCGUCUAUUCGCACUAUCUGUACAUCAACAGCACGUGGGCCAAGUCACCCCAGAUCUUCCAUCACAGAGUCGUACACACCAUUAGCAUUUAUCUCGACUGUUUCCGGUCGUACUCGGUUCGCGCAUGCGCAUAUAAUGGCGACAUGGUCAUGAAAGCAAAUGAACAAAAUGUUCGUCUAUACACUGGUCUGUACGCUGUCUACAUCCAUGAUUGGUUGAGAAUAUUCCCACGUGCCCAGUUUCUUUUUGUCAAAACGGAGGAAUACAAAGAAGACACGGCAAACCAUAUAAAGAAGGCAUUCAGCUUUUUGAAGGCUUCGGAACCCUCAACGACUGUGAUGGACCGCAUUAAGGAAUACGAGUCCGUAAACACACAGGAAAAGAUCAAGUCACAAAUGGGACAAAUGCUACCAGAAACUAGGAAACUGCUGGACAGAUUCUAUGAACCUUUCAACCAGGUACUGGCAGAGUUGUUACAAGAUGAAAAAUGGAAAAUGAACUCUUGAAAACCAUUCCGGUCACAGCGUUCUAGUAUAAAUGUGAUUUUUGGCCGAGGUGCCGUUCAUUUAGUUCGGUAUAACGAAGGGGAGAGCACUUAUACAUAUCAGUGUGGUCCAUUCUACGCACACGUGGGUAUCUACAGGCAUGACGAGAGAAGGCGGGGGUCGAUAAGGCGGUUCGAACAAUCUAUUCGCCGCAACAUGUCACGAACUAUGAAAAAAAUGUUACGGGGUUCUGUUUAGAGUUUAUGCAGGUUUUUGAUUAAAUGAGGCAUGUACAAGA